UUGAUAAAUUUUUCCAACGCAUAUACAAAAGUUUCGUUGUGGUAAUUGAUAAAGGAUUCUUAUAAUAAAAAUGUUUAUGGUAGCAGAAAGUUAAGAUUUAUCACAAAUACAUUAUUACUCAAAAUGAAGCACUACAAGUUAAAUACGCAUCAAAAGUCUUACAGUGAUGCUGAUUUGCUGAUUAAUCAGAAGGAACAUCCUGAUACAAAAAUAGGCGACGUAGUCGAGGUAUAUGAUCGCGAAGAUGAAAAUACUCGCCUUUUGCUGCAGAUCACGAAAUUCAAUGAUCUUCGUCGUGAUGAGAUUAGCAUUGAAGCAGGCAUUGCGACACAGUUCAACUUACGAAAGUUUGCUUAUGUUUUUAUGCGUCGUGUGAAUGCCAGCGAUGUAGCGCUUGAUUCCAUUGAGAUUACUUUUAAAGAUCAAUAUAUGGGCAGAUCGGAAAUGUGGCGCUUGAAAACUUAUUUGACCGACACUUGCGUUUAUAUUAACAAAAAAAUCGAAAAUAAUGAAAUGCAAAUUCGUUGCCAAGUUUAUGAGAUGUGGGCACAAGGCGAGCGUGUAUCCUGUGGAGUGAUAACAGAAGACACAAAAAUCGUUUUUCGCAGCAGUACUUCAAUGGUCUAUUUGUUUUUACAAAUGUCAUCGGAAAUGUGGGAUUUCGAUAUACAUGGCGAUUUGUAUUUCGAAAAGGCUGUUAAUGGUUUCCUUACAGAACUCUUUCAUAAAUGGAAGAAAUUAGGUUGUAAUCAUGAAGUCACUGUAGUAUUGUUCUCUCGCACAUUCUACGCUGCCAAAUCACUCGAUGAGUUUCCCGACCAUAUGCGCGACUGUCUACAAUUGGAUUACAAAGGACGUUAUUAUGAAGAUUUUUAUCGUGUCGCCAUACAAAAUGAGCGCAAUGAAGAUUGGUGUACAGUACUAACGCAGUUACGCAAACUUUUUACUUCAUAUGAAUCCACAGUGUUGCGUUAUCACGAACGUGAGGGUGUACAAAUUCCCGCAGCAACUAAUUCUACAGCCGCUCAAGGUAACUUCCUAGAAGUACUGAAUAUUUCAUUAAACACUUUCGAAAAGCAUUAUCUCGACCGUACGUUUGAUCGUACUGGCCAAUUGUCAGUUGUGAUCACACCUGGUGUUGGUGUGUUCGAAGUGGAUCGAGAAUUGACGAAUAUUACGAAACAACGGAUAAUUGAUAAUGGUGUUGGCAGUGAUUUAGUGUGCGUAGGGGAGCAGCCGUUACAUGCCGUGCCGCUUUUAAAAUUUCACAACAAGGAUACAACAGUAACCUCUGCAGAUGAUUAUUCACUUCCACAUUGGAUUAAUCUAAGUUUUUAUUCAACUAAUAAGAAAGUGGCUUACUCGAAUUUCAUACCACGUAUCAAACUGCCACCGAUCGUCGCUAAUGUCACUCUAAAUGAGGAAAAUAGAGAGAGUGAAAAAUAUUUUCUCAGCUGCAAUCAAUCCGAGUAUAUACAUAAUUCUUUAUUUGAUUAUGAUGCGUAUGAUGAGCAAAUAUUUCAACCUCCACCAGCGCAGAGCACUUGCUCUUUGCAGCGCGUUGUUCGUGCCAAGAAGACAUCUGUACCGAGCCUGGAGACGUCCGCUUACCGAAACCAUGACUGGGAAAAUUUAACACCAACAAAAAUACCCAAUUUGCGGCGUAAAAUGUCUGAUCCUGAUAUAUAUCAUGGUACUUCAGGCAUGCUAGCGGCAUUGACUGAUACGCCCAAUUUGUCUGAGUCAUUAGCCUCUGACAAGAAUGCGCGUCGUUCCAUUGUAUCCAUAGCACCUAUAGUUCGCCCAGGGCGGGCAUUGAUUAAUCCUUUUGAUCCGUCCCAUGUUACAAUCAAGCUCACCUCAAACCGUCGUCGUUGGACGCAUAUAUUUCCAAAGGGUCCGACUGGAGUUUUAAUUCAACAACAUCAUUAUCAAGCUGUUCCUGCCAAACCGCAGAAUCUGAACUAUGGUAAUGUUGCAAAUAGCGAAAAUGAGUAUAGUUCAGGAUAUAGCGCAAUCGAUUAUGAUCACACAUCAACCUGCUCUUCAUUAAACAAAUCAUUUAUAGCAAACAACGAAUGCGACAAAACCGAUUUUGCCAAAAAACGUAAUAAUUCACUUUUGAAUGCCACCACGAAUAAUGUGACAACUGGCGUAGUGGCACCCACAAAAAGUUUUUUAUGGGGCGCCACCGGUGAACAAGAAUGGACGCCAGCUUUAACAACAGGAAAACACUUAAAUCCCAUUGUUGAAAGUGAAGCGCCAUUUAUAAGUGAGAGCGCAAACGCAGACGGCCGUGGAAAAGUAAUAAUAGGCGUGGAUUGGAAAUCGUUAACCAUACCAGCUUGUUUGCCAAUCACAACCGAUUAUUUCCCAGAUAAACGUUCUCUACACAAUGAUUACGUUAUAUCUGAUUAUACAUUGCUGCCGGAUGAUGUCAAUAUUGAUUAUGCCAAUAGUCGUGCGGUAUAUCGUAAACCACUUUCAACGGAAGAGGUCUUCCGAGAGAUUGUGUCACAGCGUUUGGCGCAGGGUUUCCAAUUGAUUGUGGUUGAAGAGAAGAGUGCACAACCAGCGCAGGCGCCUUGUUGUGGUGGUAGCAAACAACAAAAGCCAUCUACCGUUUUGGGCAUGGUAGCGCCAACAGAAGUUACCAAAGAAUAUAUGCUCUCAAUCGGUCGUAUAUUUCAUCGUAUUACGCUGGUGGGAUCUGUCAUAACAGUUACUGGUUAUCGUCCCAGACAUCCAUAUCCGCCCAUUAAUGUUGAUUAUCGUUAUCGGUUUCAUGCACCCCAGCAUGAGACCUAUGAAAUAUCAGGUGUAAAUUUUACGACUGAAAAGCUGGAAAAUUUCAAUUGGAAUUUUAUGGAUCAUUAUAUUUGUACGCGUGGUGAUCGUGAUUAUUCAUUGAUGGAGAGCUUAAAGUAUUGGCGUUAUCGCAUGUAUUUACUGCCCACUGACAAUUUGGCAAUGAAGAAAAUCAUCGAAUACGGUAGUCAACGUUGUGAUAUCUAUACUGAUUUGGCUGUGGACAAUACGAAGAAGCAGGUGGAAGACUUUAUGCGUUUCAUGGAAGUGCACAUAAAUAAAGUGAAGCGUCAGCGUGUUCAUGAUAGCCCCACCGCACAAAGUCAUUUAACACGACGGCGUCACAGUACCAGCAUUAUUUCCAGACCUCAACCCAAUCAGGGACUGGUGAAUUCGCCUUUUCGUGAACGUGUUGGGAGCAAUCGUCUACCGGAAAAACGACCAAGCUUUAUCUCCAAACCCGUAAUGAAAGUUGAUCGUGGACGCAUAUCACCAGCAGCAGAUGCAGCGGCUAUUGCAUUGAAUACCGAUUUAAACCAUAGAGAGGAUCACGAUGAUGGUUUUGUAACGGAGGUUAAACUACGACCAAAUUCCAAUUUGACUGAAGUUCUCGAGGCGAUGAAGCAUCCCCAAACUGGCGUAGCAUUUUUCACGCAGACCACCAGUCUGCCAAACUAUACAUUUGUUUCGCAUGAGGCCUUACUUUGGCUUAAAGCACGUAUGGACAAUAGCAGAAAUCCUUUAGAAAUACUAGAAGCCAUGAGAAAAGAGAGAAUGAUUUGUCACGCUUCGGGAGAUUGGGAUAAACAGAUUAUACCAGGAUUUUAUCUUUAUUAUAUACCACAGCCAGAGAAACAACCAGUGAAAGUUGAAAAUCACAAAGUAUUACCACCAGACUUCAAUGCAUUUGAGCAUGAAUGGAUGGAGAUAGAACUACAAGGUUGCAAUCAUCUUUGGUUUGAGGAAGCGAAAAUGCCAAAUAUACCAACAUUCCUGCGUGAUAUACCAUCGGCGCAAUCUUGGGCUGACUACAGUCAAAAUAAUAGAAUUUAUCGUAAUUCUCAUUUGGAAAUCAAUGUCAAUCAAAAGAGUGAUCGAAUGGAAUGGGGCCAUGUCAAGUAUCAUACUGUUAUGCAGCCGGGCUAUGCCUUUGAAAUAGUUGUUGAGUGGGUGACAGCUUCGGGUCCUAUUGUAGGCGAUCUGAUAUGGGGUUGGACACGUAAGGCAAAUCAUUGCAACUAUGAAUUAAUAUCAGUGCCUGCUGAUCCAAUGGCAGAACCGUUUACUGAAAAAUCUGACCCAUUACGUGGUCCUAUUUUCAUACCCUUGUCGGAGAAGUUUUUGAGUAGCAAAGGUGUUAUGUUUGGUGAAUUCUCCGAGGAAAGCAGAGCUGAUCGCAUGCUUUUGUUUCAAGAAGCUAUUCUUGCAAGAUUCGGAUUCCUACCAUGUGUGAUAGAAAAAAAAUUUUCAUUUAAUAAGGAUAUACCGAAGGAAUAUCAAUAUGUGCAUUGCUCUGGUCAUAUGUUUGUACUUAUUCGCUGUUCGAAAAAUAAUUAUCAAAUUGAAUCUCCAAGUCGGCAAGAAGCAAAUGUUACUCGCUGCGUUUAUGGCCAUACAAACAAUACGAACGUACCAAAGAAGGUUGGAUUUUUGUGGGCUUGGAAUCAUAUGAUACCCAAUAAGAAAUGGAAAUCUUUAGUUAUUAAAAAUUCACCAGAUGGUGAGCUGUUUCAAUUAAAAAUGUUGAAAGACUUUCGCGAUUUUUGUUCCGAUACUGAUGAGCGCCUUUCAAAAUUCUGGGAACUUUGUUAUGAAUUAAAGCGUAAAUCUUUAAAAGCCGACAGCAAUAAUGAAGGGAAAUUAAAGUAGAUUUAAAAAAAAACACACAUGCGUUACAUUUUCUAAUACCAUGUGCUUCAUUCACCUAAUUGAAGUCUGUUAUCGACUAUAAAAAGUUUGUUGGCACAAAGUACAGAAGAAAACAUUUAAUUGUGCACAGCAGAUAUCAAAAUACAAAAUUGUGAUAAUACUAGAAUGCGCUGGGUAUAAUAUUAUAUUUUUGGUUCCUGUUGAACAUAAAAACCUCUAUAAUUGUUAAGUAAUUAAUAUAGAAUUUUUUACCAUUGUAAUACAAAUAAUAAAAAAAUAAGAAUAUUUUAUAUAAUAAAUAAAUCUUUUUAAAAUUGUAAA